AGGCACGCUCACCUCACAACGAUCUCUUCUUUUUCCCGUUACCCAAUCCUACCGUAUCUUUGCAUACUCUGACCUUGAACUCUCACAUCUGGCUACUCAAAACCACAAUAGGGGCCUUCUAGCCCCGCUCAAUCCUUGGACCUGUUGCUGCCCCGCUACGAUAUCUUGAGAGUCAAGAUGUUGAGCGACGGUGAGGUCUCGGAUGAUCCGAAUAUGGUGGUGAUUCCCGUUGAGGACGAGAAAAGCGACGGGAAGAAAUCUACAUGGCCAGUGAAUGGUCCAGAUGCCCGGUUCAUUUACCGAAUCCGUGAUGACGAAGGCUGGCGCAUCGGUCUCGCCCAAAUGUGGGUAGAGAAGCAGAUGGGUGCUUUAGAGGAUGGCAUAACUUACAUCCUGGAAAAGCUGCCUGAGGGCUAUGUGUUAAUGGACCGCCCUCGAGGAACUGAUCAGAAGGUCCGUGAUAGCUUCCUCUUUGGGCAUCCAACCGGAAGAUAUUUUCAGUCUCGUGUCACCUUCUUCGUGCACUUCUAUUGGCUUAUGACAGAUCGAGCUGAGCCAUGCGAGUGUAAGCUCUGCUCCAGGCAGAAACAGUCUGGUUCCAAACCGCUUGGGGAGUUUAGGCCGCGAAAGCGGCGCACCAAAGCUGAGAUGGAGGCCGACAGGGCCAGAUUGGCGGGCGCCGGCCAGGCGGGCGUCAGCGCAAGACCUGUUUUCCGCAAACUGCCCGGAGAUGAUGAAGGCCCCGAUUAUUGGAAAGUUCAUGUCAUGGAUCUUAAAGAAAAGGGCACCCUCGACGAGGAAGUUGAUCAUUCUCUGAACCUGGACUGGGUUCUUACCCAUGACUUCCUGACCGACUAUUUCGUUCGUCUCACGCUCCAACCGGCCUUUGUCCCCCGCCGGGGCGAAAUUGUCCUCUGGACCCACAACCUCGACGGCAGACUUGAGUUUAACCCACAGACCGAGGCCAUUGAAAUGCGUGCUGAAGAUGGUAAAUGGCUCGGCAUGCCAGAUUGGCGUGCCGGUGUGGUCACGCAGGUUUCAGAAGAGGAGUCAAACUAUCUCGACAUCAUCCAGGAAACCAAGAAGAAGCAACCUGUAUCGUACUCUGGAUUCCGCGUCGAGACUCUGCCCAACCCACUUGACGACGACAAGUCGUACUCGCUGCACUACAAAUAUGUGCCAUUGAAUUGCAUCAAGCCCUUUGGCGCCUUCGAGCGCUUCCUUUACCCUACCCCUCGCGAGAAGCUGCACCCAUCCAUUGAGAACGCGAUGACAACCAUGGCGUCGUACAGCCUGCUGCACAAAUUCCGAUUCAGUGGAACCUGGCCAAACGCCCGCAUCGACUGCAAGGGCAUUUUCAUCGGUCCGGAGCUCCUCGCCGUCUCGGACACCGCGCGCUUGAAGCCUUUCGGUAUGAAGGCCGAAGAUAUUGAGGAGAACCCGGGUCAAGUGAAGACAGAUCUGGGACCCACUGUCACUGACGUGAUGGUCAUCGAAAAGAUCUGGCUCCAACUCGAGAAUUGCAAUGCCGACCCGAACGACGAGCAACUCGCACAGAAGAUGGUUCCCUACAUCGCGGGCAAAGUGUACACUCGCGAUCAACACCGGCUGAACCGUGUUAUGCCAUUUGAUGCGGAUCCUUUGGAGAAACUCACCCCUAAGGAGGUUGAUGACUCGUUCCCGCAGGUGGGCAUGCGUGUCUAUGGCCGGUGGUACCGCGUUGCGGGGGGUAAGACCUGCGUUGUAUCCCCAGGUAUGAUUAUCGGUCGAUGCUACGAACCCGAGGCCACCCAUUUGCACUACGGAACCUUUGAUCUGGACUACGAUCUACAUGGUAUCCUGAGCGGCAGACGGUACUCUGUUCGAGUCGAUGCACGAAUCCCCCCCGGCCUUGAAUUUUUCUGGGGCGACAAUCGCGUCGAGACCCUCGGUCUUGCAACCAUGAACGGGGUGGAAGUGGGACCGGCUGCAGAACAGCGUGACGACCCGGUGCGCUGGCAGGCCAUUCUUCGGAUUUUGCAGGGAAGCACGUCCGAUGUCGAUGUGCGUCUUGCAGAUUUGGGAGCCUCCAAGGGAGUCGGACGUCCGCGUGCGAAGAAGACGUUCAGCGAGGUCAGCAAGCUGAGCAAGCUCGUUAGCACCGGGCUGGGCGCAGGGACUGAGAACGAAGAUAACGGGGAAGGACCUGCAGAUACGGGCGACAGUACUCCAACUCCGCCAUCGGAAAUGGAUCUCUCGGAGUCGGAGUUGACAGCACCGAUUCCAUUCCGCGAGCCAAGCGAGGGACCCGAAUACGUACCUUGAACGUUCUGGGGUUUAAUAUCUUUCUGGCGUCGCAGCGGAGCACUUGCUUUCGCUAGCCUGUACUCAACAAACUACGACUGUUCCUGAGCAAACUGGAGGGUCCGCUUAUCCCCAUCUCCUACUUGGGCGCAGGGGGCGCCUUGAUAUUUUCUAAUGAAUAGACUGGGAAAUUCGUACACCGAGACACUAUCAUAGUACUCCAUCCAAUAUUCAUGCAGGUGGUCGACGACCUCUGCACCAUAGGUAUUCAAGCAUUUACCAUUGUCAUUAACGAACAUCAAUCACAUAAUAUAUCUCCUCCAUAACUUCCCUAUUUACAUCCCUACCAAACCCAGUAGGUUUCUGACCACACCUAAUAAUUCUUCGCAACAACCCCCCUCGCAAACUCCGCAAAAGUCAAUCCCUCCUGCACCUCCUCCCCAAGAUUCGGCUGCGUAAAGACCGCCAACGUAUUCCUAGCAAUUCUCUCUUUCCCACCCACACACUUAGCCCCCUUCACAAAAUGCGGCACCGCCCUAAACUUCCCCUUGGUAAUAAGCUGCAGCGCCUCCCCAGUCUGGAACGCAAGGCAGUCCCGGGGGAUGUUCACCUUGACGACCGUGCCCGUGCGCGAGCGGAUGUACAGACCGGCAGACGGAUCGGGGGAUUGGGGUAGUUCGGGAAGGGAGGUUGUUGGCGUCGGAUCCGGGAUAGGGAGGGUGGAUGCUUCGUCGAGGAACAUGGCCGAUGUGAGGCCCGUUAGACAGCCGUGGUCGACGUGUGUGGCGCACCAGUCGUCAUCCUCCUCCUCGGGUGUAGCAUCGUCGCUCCCCUGUGUAGACGACGAUGGCUCUGCGGGGAAGUAAUGCAACAGUCGGGCCUUUGUCGUGAGACUGGUCUUGACGACGUGCGCUAGAUAACCCGGCUUGUAGCCGUCGAUGUUUGCCUCGGCGUAGCGAUCGCAUGCCUUCGCUACCAGUGCAGCGGUGUCAAUGAUCAGCGAGCAGAGGGCUUCUACGCUGGGUCUGAAACUGGGCAGUUUGCGCUCUGGAGGCCAGAUGUUUGGCGCCGUGUACUGGGGUACAUCGGGGAAGCCGUCGGCGGGGGCGUUUUGCAGAGCGGCGUCUUGGUAGAAGGCGCAGUUGACGUAGUAGGAGCCCUUGAGGGUGUCGAAGGUUCCUGAUUUGAGAGUUUCUUUGCCACAGGACCAGCCGACCAGAUAGUUGGAUUCGGGGCUUUCGAGG